AUUCAUAAUCAAACAGUUCCUUAAAAACUUCAAAGUUCCUUUUCGACCCGAAAGACUCUUAAACCACGCUUUUCUUUAUGAGUAUGACAUGUCGUCUUUUUUUACUUCUCAAACCCUGAACACGGGUAUGAUCUUGAUGAUGAGGAUGCAACGGUUCCUUAAAAAAUCAAAUAGUGGCAGUUAAGUAAAAUUGUUGGAAAUACAAGGCGCAUUUCAAAAAUUCAAACAUUAUAAGAUCCGACAACAUUUCCUGCAAUUCCUUCCAUCCUUCUCCCAACACACAGUCGUUCAGCGACUGUAAAUUCUACUCUCGCUCUCCCAAAAUAACAGUCAGUUAUUCCAAAUUAAAUCUCUAUACUUCAACAAUGGAGUCCAAAUUCAAGAUCUACUUUCUCUUUUCACUCUCCCUUGUUCAAUGUCUCAAUUUCGUUGCUUCUUCUUCUCCUCUUCGCAAAACUUACAUCAUUCACAUGAACCACCACCAAAAACCGUCCAAUUUUGAUACCCAUCAAGAUUGGUAUGCUUCAAAUCUUAAUUCUUUGUCCUCGUUAUCGAUUUCUGAUUCUGAUGCUCUGUCUUCUUCUCCUUCACUUCUUUACACUUAUGAUUCUGCUUACUCUGGUUUUGCGGCUACACUUACACCCUCUGAAGCGGAAGUUCUACAAAAGGGGGAUGCCGUUUUGGGUGUGUAUGAGGAUACGCUUUACACUCUUCAUACUACAAGGACCCCGGAAUUUCUGGGACUUGAUGUAGCCGGAGAGGGUCUCUCUGCUGGGGAUCAUCUGGAUACGAGUGACGUCAUCAUAGGAGUCCUGGAUACUGGGAUCUGGCCCGAGUCGAGUUCCUUCAAUGACGCGGGCUUACCCCCGGUGCCAACUCGGUGGAAGGGUGAAUGCGAGUCUGGCCCUGAGUUUCUUCCUUCUGUCUGCAAUAAAAAACUCAUUGGAGCUCGUGCUUUCUCGCACGGGUACAGAAUGGCUUCAGGAGGAAUUCUCAGCACCGAUGACGUCGUUUCACCUCGUGACACCGACGGACACGGAACCCACACAGCAAGCACGGCUGCAGGUGGACAUGUGAGUAACGCUAGCUUGCUGGGGUAUGCUAGUGGGACGGCCAGGGGUAUGGCACCCCGUGCACGGAUUGCAGCCUACAAAGUCUGCUUCAAAACGGGUUGUUUCGGUUCGGAUAUUCUCGCCGGAAUCGACAAAGCAAUUUCUGACGGUGUUGAUGUUCUUUCUCUUUCAUUGGGAGGUGGAUCAGCUCCGUAUUUCCGUGAUACGAUCGCUGUCGGAGCUUUUUCAGCAAUGGAGAAAGGUAUAUUUGUCUCUUGUUCAGCAGGAAACAGUGGCCCGACUAAAGCUUCAUUAGCCAACACAGCUCCAUGGAUUAUGACCGUUGGUGCUGGAACUUUAGAUCGUGAUUUCCCCGCUUUUGCUUCUUUAGGUAACGGUAAAAAAAUCACUGGUGUUUCUUUAUACAGUGGAAAAGGAAUGGGUAGAAAACCAGUUGGUUUAGUAUACGGUGGAAAUAGUGGGAGAAGAAAUGGGUCAAGUAACUUAUGCAUGUCCGGGUCAUUAGACCCAAGUUUAGUUCGAGGAAAAGUGGUUAUCUGUGAUCGCGGUGUUAAUCCAAGAGUUGAGAAAGGUGAGGUAGUGAAGGAGGCUGGUGGGGUAGGGAUGAUUUUGGCCAAUACCGCCGCAAAUGGGGAGGAAUUGGUGGCUGAUAGUCAUCUGCUUCCAGCGGUGGCAGUUGGCUUGAAGGUUGGAGAUGAGAUAAGGGAGUAUGUAAGGAUGGCAGGCAAAACGGCCACAGCCGUGUUGAGUUUCGGAGGUACAGUGUUGAAUGUUAGGCCGUCUCCGGUGGUGGCGGCGUUUAGCUCUCGUGGACCGAAUAUGGUUACGCCGGAGAUCAUGAAACCGGAUGUGAUUGGACCUGGGGUUAAUAUUUUGGCUGCUUGGUCUGAGAUUGCUGGACCUACUGGAUUGGACAAGGAUACUAGGAGGACUCAAUUCAAUAUUAUGUCAGGCACAUCGAUGUCAUGCCCACAUAUUAGUGGGCUGGCUGCAUUGUUGAAAGCGGCACAUCCGGAGUGGAGUCCGAGUGCUAUCAAAUCUGCUCUCAUGACCACCGCCUACAACCACGACAACUUGCAAAACCCACUUCGGGAUGCUACUGAUGGAUCACUCUCUACCCCCUGGGCUCAUGGAGCUGGUCAUGUCGAUCCCCACAAGGCCAUGUCGCCAGGAUUAGUGUACGACAUCUCAGUUGAUGACUACAUUGCCUUCCUAUGUUCCUUGGAUUACACCCCGUUGCACCGCCAGAUAGUUGCCAAGAGGCCAAACAUUACUUGUUCGAGGAAAUUGUCUGACCCUGGCCAGCUAAACUACCCGUCCUUCUCUGUCGUUUUUGAUAAGUCCCGAGUCAUGAGGUAUACUCGCGAACUAACCAAUGUAGGUGAUGCACGUGCUCUGUAUCAAGUUAAAGUUGAUGCACCCCCAUCCAUCGGUGUGAAGGUUAGGCCUUCAACGCUUGUUUUCAGGAGCGUUGGUGAGAAGAAGAAAUACACAGUUACAUUUGUUGUGAGGAGGGGAAAAACACCACCCCCUACUAAAAGUGCUUUCGGUUCACUUUUAUGGAGUAGUAAGACUAACCAUGUUAGAAGUCCGGUUUCUUUUACAUGGACUCGGACAAUGUAAAAGUUGUCUUCUACCGAAAACCAGAGUCGUUGCAUUUUCCGCAA